UUUUCAGACAGCGUCUGCCGUCUUCAUCCUUCUCUUCCCCUCUUCUUCGUCGAUCUGCCCGCUUCAGCACAAAGAUCGGAAAAUGGAUUGGCAAGGGCAAAAGCUGGCGGAGCAGCUGAUGCAGAUAUUGCUCGUGGCCUUUGCUGUGGGGGCAUUUGCGACGGGUUACGUGAUGGGCUCGUUUCAGAUGAUGAUGUUGAUCUAUGCCGCGGGAGUGGUGUUGACUACAGUGGUAACUGUCCCGAACUGGCCCUUCUUUAACCGCCACCCCCUCAAUUGGUUGGACCCGAGCGAGGCCGAGAAGCAUCCCAAGCCCCAGGUUCAGCAGCAAACCCCCUCGAGUUCCAAGAAGAAAUCCUCUGGAAAGAAGUAGGUUGGGAUGUUUCAGUAAUGACCUUAGACUUGACAGAGGAUCUAGUUCACGUCGUACGAAUGGUGGUAUGACUGGAUUUUGGUGUACUUUGCAUGAGCUAGAUUUUAAAUUUACUUGGAUGGUGAGUAAAAGGAAUUUUCUUGCAUUCUAAUUGCCAUUAGAUUGCUUCUGUGACA